CGAUAUGUGUAGGAGGAAAGGCACACAACCAACUGGUAACACUGGCACGCACACACCUGCAGCUGCGCUAGCACACACACACACGAGGCACACACGCACACAGACGCGCACUGAACUUCCACAGUUUCUUUAUUUUCUGCAGGAAAAUUAGAAGCAAAACUAUACGAAAUUCGCAGUGAACUCGCGGGGGACUCGCGACCGUAACGUAAUCGGAAUCUCGCUGGUGAUCCGGAGGCCAAGUGCACACUGUGCGAUGCUAGCCACUGGCCAGCAAUCAGCCGUCGCCGUCCAAUAACCAAUAGCAUUCGAAUUUCAAGUCGGAGUUGCGGAACGGAACCAAUCCGACCAAUCGCCAGUCAACGUACGUGGCGCUAUUCGCAGUCUCGAAGCAAGUGCAUCAUCCGGCCGGAGGACCACAUACGGAUACCGGAACCGGACGCAAUCAUGACGGACGCCGCUGGCAAUGCGCUGGCCGAGAAGGGCCUGCCGGAGAUGAAGGGAUGGCUGCUAAAGUGGACCAACUACAUAAAGGGCUACCAGCGGCGGUGGUUCGUGCUCUCAAAGGGUGUGCUGAGCUACUACCGCAACCAGUCGGAGAUUAACCACACGUGCCGGGGCACCAUAUCGCUGCACGGAGCCCUUAUCCACACGGUUGAUUCGUGCACGUUCGUAAUCUCGAACGGCGGCACCCAGACGUUCCACAUCAAGGCCGGCACCGAGGUGGAGCGCCAGUCGUGGGUCACCGCCCUGGAGCUGGCCAAGGCUAAGGCAAUACGGGCGAUCGAAUGCGAAGAGGAGGAGGAGACGGAAACGGCGCAUGUGGUACCCAGUCAGGAGAUCAGCUCGGUGGUUCGGGAUCUUACCGAUCGGCUCGAGAACAUGCGCACCUGCUACGACCUGAUAACCAAGCACGGCGCUGCCUUACAGCGCGCCCUCAACGAUCUGGAGACGAACGAGGAGGAGUCGUUGGCCAGCCGCACGAAGAUCGUCAACGAGAGGGCCACCCUCUUUCGGAUAACAUCCAAUGCGAUGAUCAACGCCGGCAACGACUACCUGCACACGGCAGAGGUGCAAGGCCACAAGUGGUCCAAGAUGUUGCACCACGAGCGUGAGCAGCGUCAGCGGCUGGAGGAGAUUAUCGAACAGAUGGCAAAGCAGCAGUCGCAGAUGGAGCAGGCCGCCGUGCUGGUGCGCCAGAACAAGCCGGUGCCGUCCAGCUCUGGCGCCGGCACCGCCGGUUCCUUGGUGACCUCAGAUGAGGAGAUGGAGUUUUUCGACGCCGAGGAGCACGGCUAUUCAGGCAGUGGUCGGUCCCCUGAGUCUCCGGAUCGCGAGCGGGGUACGUUUAUCUUAAAGAUGAACAAACGCCGCAGUAGUAGCGAGGACCAGGUGGAGGGCCAUUUGGAGGGCAGUUCCUCGGAGAGUGACGAGCAGAAGCGCACCGUACAAACGGUGCAGCAGGUGUGCCUGGUGAGUGCACCUCGGGUAGCAUCCGGGGGUCAGGGCGACGACGACGACGUGGACAAGGCGUUGCCGGCCAAGCAGAGCACCGACUCUAUCUACGGACGCAACUGGAAUCCAGAGCUGAUCAAGAAGCGACGCGACCGUGUGCCAGAUAAACCGAACCACCCCAUCAGCCUGUGGGGCAUUAUGAAGAAUUGCAUUGGCAAGGAUCUGUCCAAAAUUCCCAUGCCCAUCAACUUUAACGAGCCGCUGUCCAUGCUGCAGCGCCUGGUGGAAGACUACGAGUACACGGAGAUACUCGACUACGCGGCCACCUGUCAGGACGAGUGCGAACAGCUGGCUUACAUAGCCGCCUUUACCGUGUCCGCCUACGCCACGACCACAAACCGCACGGGCAAGCCCUUCAAUCCGUUGCUGGGCGAGACCUACGAGUGUGACCGGAUGGAUGACUACGGUUGGCGGUGCCUGGCCGAGCAGGUGUCCCACCAUCCACCGGUGGCAGCGCUCCACUGUGAGAGCAAGAACUGGACGUGCUGGCAGGAGUUUUCCAUGACCAGCAAGUUCCGCGGCAAGUACGUUCAAGUCAAUCCCUUGGGCGGCGUCUAUGUGCAAUUUCCAAACAGCGGCAGGCGCUAUUCGUGGCGCAAGGUGACCACAACGGUGAACAACAUCAUUGUGGGCAAACUGUGGGUGGACCAGCAUGGCGAAAUGGAAAUCUUGGGAUCGCAGGCGGCACAGGGGCACAAAUGCAUCCUGAACUUUAUACCCUACUCGUACUUCAGUCGCGAUGUGCAGCGGAGCGUCAAAGGCGUGGUGAUGAACAAAGACAACGAGGUAAAGUGGGUGGUGCGCGGUACGUGGGACAUGAAGAUCGAGAUUGCCCCGGUGCUUAGUACAUCGGGAUCGGCGAGCAGUCCAACCUACACCACCGGCGAGUUUAAGCUGGCCUGGCGCCGUCGUCCUGCUCCUCCUGAUUCGGACAAGUUUUAUAACUUCACCAUACUAGCCUGCCAGCUCAACGAAGAGGAAGAGGGCGUGGCGCCGACGGACUCUCGCCUGCGUCCCGACCAAAGGCUGAUGGAGCAGGGAGACUGGGAUGAGUCGAACAAGGAGAAAUUGCGCCUGGAGGAAAAGCAGCGCACAGAACGCCGCCGGCGGGAAAACGAGGCGGAGGAGGCAGCGGCAGAGGGUAGGCCAUAUCCAGCCUAUGAGCCCAUGUGGUUCAAGCGCGAAAAGGAGGAGGGAAGCGAGGAAUAUGUGCACGUUUUCAAGAACACGUACUGGGAGGCCAAGGCGGCUCAGAAGUUCGAGGGCUGUCCGAAUAUAUACUAGACAGCAGUAGCCAGCGGAGCAGCCAUGGAACCAACUGCAGCCACUACCACACAUAGCAGCCUUAGCGAAUAUUCUAAAGUUUUCAGAUAUCCAGCCUCCACACAACUAACACACCACAGCGGGACACGCUCCGACUGAUUUCGGAGCAGCACAUACGCAUAUAGUAGUACCACACUUCGAUCUAGUGCAUAUAUAUAAUUCCUGUAAACUAACCAAGUUCGAUCCAUACCCCUGCGUCGAAAUGUACUUUGAUUAUUUCUUCCUGACUACCGGUUCCCCAUUUCUAGUGGCUUUCCAAAAGAUGGGCAAGACAUAUGAUAGCUCCUAAUCCUCGUUUUCUAUUCAAACCACUCCACUUGAUGUCCUUUUCUUUCCUUUCCGCAGAAUGCAUAUUUCGCCUUUGUUGUGUAUAUAAAAAUAUCGAACCGACUCGACAGCCUAGUAAGAAGCGAGAGAAUAUGUUAAAUGUUAUAAAUUUAUGCAAUUUAUUAUUAAAGUAUUAUUUAAAUAAAGCAA